GAUUUCUACAGCCACAGUAACUGGGUUGAGAUGGGGAACAGACAGCCGUACAGCACUCUGAUCAGACCUGACCUGCAACUGGUGAACCUGGCAGGCCCCAGUACUUCCGACCUGUAGGAGCUGUAUGGGAGGUAACUGUACUGAUAACAUCCUACCAGAGGUCUUACUGCAGGGCCUUCUCACCUCUGGAUACUUCAACCUGUUCUCCUCCAACAAACCUGCAGGUAAGUGUAGCCACGGUGGGUCGUUUGACCGGACCAGCGGUCGAGACCCGGAAGGGGGCAUCAACAAGGACGACGUGGGGUCCAGUCACGGUCACCUCCACCACACUGCAGCCGACGUGGCCAUCAACGCUACCAUGGAACUAUUGGAGGACAUCAGAGGAGCUGCCGGGGACAAAGACUUCCUACGGUUAAUGGGCAUCACCCAGUCAUCAGUGUUGUGUUUUGUCAUCGACACCACAGGCAGUAUGAGUGAUGACAUCACUGAGGCUAAGAGAGUGUCCUUCUCCAUCAUCGACAGUAAGAGAGGAACCCAGCAGGAACCUUCAUCAUACAUCCUGGUCCCCUUCAACGACCCAGGAUUUGGACCUCUGAUCACCACAACAAAUGCAGACAUUUUCAAACAGAGAAUCAACGCACUGACAGCAUCAGGAGGUGGAGAUAUACCAGAGCUGUGCCUGUCAGGACUACAGCUGGCCCUCACGGCGGCGCCACCCUUCUCUGAGAUCUUUGUGUUCACUGAUGCUCCUGCUAAAGACACUGCACUGAAGAGCACUGUCACUGCCCUCAUAGAGAGCACCAAGUCUGUGGUGACCUUCAUGUUGACUGACAACCUCCGAUCCAUUCGACGUCGUCGUAGGCGUUCCAUGGGCGGGGCUUCAGCCGUAUGGCCCAGUCAGGGUGGAGCCUCCAACCGGAUGGCCCAAUCAGAUGCUCAGCUGUACCGUGACCUUGCCCAGGCAUCUGGAGGUCAGGCCAUUGAGGUCACCAAGGAGGAUCUGCACCGGGCCACCAGCGUCAUCGAGGACGCCUCCGCUGCAGCACAGGUGACUGUUCUACAGGAAGUAAGGAGCCCAGGAAAGGCAGAGAAUUUCUCCUUUACAGUAGACGAGUCUAUGAGAAAUCUGAACGCUUAUAUCACAGGAGGAUCCCUCUCCUUCACUCUCACCAGCCCUUCAGGUGUGUCUCAGAGUAACAGUGAGGCCAGCGGUCCUCUGGGGACCAUCCAGACUGUAGGGAACCUACACCGCAUCUCUCUGACCACACACAACAACACAGGAUUAUGGGAAAUCAGUCUUAACUCCCUAGAGUCUUACUCACUGAAGGUCAUAGGUCAGAGCUCUGUUAAUUUUGGCUACCAUUUCGUGGAGGCUUUCGGGGGUGCUCAUGGAGACUUUGGCCUCAAAGAGGGCCGUCCUCUCACAGGCGAUAACAUAACCCUGCUGGUGUCUGUGACGGGGGGUGACUCUGUCACUGUGACGGCGGUGGCCCUGAUCGAGGCCUCGGGGUCAGGGUCAGAAGUCAACGGAACCCUGCAAUCGCUAGGCGGCACCGGCGGCGGGGACUUCCUGGUUACCGUGGCCAGAGUCCCACAGGGGGAGUUUGUGGUGCGUCUGAGGGGAGAGAGCAAUAGCGCCACCACCAAAUCAUCACCGAGCCUCUUCCAGAGACAGGCCUCCACUCAGAUAAAGACUUCCAGCAUCUCUGUUACGGCCCAGGCUGACAGUACUCUAGAACCCGGUUCUACCAUCUCUGUCCCCUUCACCGUGGCAAUGGCCAACGGAACAGGAGGAGCUUUUACCGUCCGAGCCACGAACGACCGCGGCUUCACUUCCUCCUUCCCCGCCAGGGUCUCCAUUGUGACCGGAGAGGGAGCGGCCAACGGUACGGUGACUCUCACAGCGCCCGCCAGCACCCCAUCGGGAACGGACGUCACCCUGACCAUCGAGGCAGAGUCCGCUGGAGCAGCAGACUUGAACUACGCCAUCCUGCGUCUCUCUGUUGUCAGCAAGGUGACAGAUUUCAGCCCUCCCCAGUGUGGGGUGGUCAGCGUCUCGUCCAACUGCCCGGAUGACUGCAGUGCCUCUUACUGGCAGCUCUCUGCCAACCUGACCGACGGUGCCAACGGGACUGGCAUCGACCGAGUCACCCUGCGCCAGGGCAACGGGACCCUGAACACUUCUACAGAGGUGGGCACCGGGGGCGAGAACGUGACCCGGGUUGAGUACAGCGCCACCUGCUGUUCAAAGAAGGUAGAGCUAGUGGUAGUUGACAGGGCAGGCAACGUGGGUGUGUGUCUGGGCUCAGUAAAGGACUCUGUGGGGGUGGUUGUGAGCUCUACAGCACAGGCCUCUGUCACCAACACUACAGCUGUACCUGUAGUUAGUACUACAUCUACUGGCGGGCCACCUUUGACUCUGUCCCUGUAUCUAAGGAUCUGUGUGAUGCUUUCUCUCCUCCUGUGGAAUAGAGUAGAGCUAUAGAGUUGUAUAAUAGUUCAUGUAGGUAGAUGUCAUGUGGAACAGUGGAAUCGUUGCAAAGAGAGUCAAGUCAUCAGACAUAACCGGUAUGUAUAUGUUAUGUUGUACAAAAAGACAGGGUGGAAAUAUGUAAUGAACUCUGUCGUAAUACACUGUGGGAACUCUGUCAUAAUACACUGUGGGAACUCUGUCAUAAUACACUGUGGGAACUCUGUCAUAAUACACUGUGGGAACUCUGUCAUAAUACACUGUGGGAACUGUCAUAAUACACUGUGGGAACUGUCAUAAUACACUUUGGGAACUGUCAUAAUACACUUUGGGAACUGUCAUAAUACACUGUGGGAACUCUGUCAUAAUACACUGUGGGAACUGUCAUAAUACCCUUUGGAACUGUCAUAAUACACUGUGGGAACUGUCAUAAUACACUGUGGGAACUGUCAUAAUACACUUUGGGAACUGUCAUAAUACACUGUGGGAACUGCCAUAAUACACUGUGGGAACUGUCAUAAUACCCUUUGGAACUGUCAUAAUACACUGUGGGAAUUGUCAUAAUACACUGUGGGAACUCUGUCAUAAUACACUGUGGGAACUCUGUCAUAAUACACUGUGGGAACUCUGUCAUAAUACACUGUGGGAACUCUGUCAUAAUACACUGUGGGAACUCUGUCAUAAUACACUUUGGGAACUGUCAUAAUACACUGUGGGAACUCUGUCAUAAUACACUGUGGGAACUCUGUCAUAAUACACUGUGGGAACUCUGUCAUAAUACACUGUGGGAACUGUCAUAAUACACUGUGGGAACUGUCAUAAUACACUGUGGGAACUGUCAUAAUACACUGUGGGAACUGUCAUAAUACACUGUGGGAACUCUGUCAUAAUACACUGUGGGAACUGUCAUAAUACACUGUGGGAACUGUCAUAAUACACUGUGGGAACUCUGUCAUAAUACACUGUGGGAACUGUCAUAAUACACUGUGGGAACUGUCAUAAUACACUGUGGGAACUGUCAUAAUACACUGUGGGAACUCUGUCAUAAUACACUGUGGGAACUGUCAUAAUACACUGUGGGAACUGUCAUAAUACACUGUGGGAACUGUCAUAAUACACUGUGGGAACUCUGUCAUAAUACACUGUGGGAACUGUCAUAAUACCCUUUGGAACUGUCAUAAUACACUGUGGGAACUGUCAUAAUACCCUUUGGAACUGUCAUAAUACACUGUGGGAACUGUCAUAAUACACUGUGGGAACUGUCAUAAUACACUGUGGGAACUGUCAUAAUA